GACUUCCUGAGGAGGAUGAAGCAGGAGGAGCUGGCUCAGCGUCUGUGGAGCAAAACUUUUGCUGGAGUCUGCCAAAAGAAGCUGAAACACGAUCUGAAGAAGAGGUUCCAGCGUGUGUUUGAGGGAGUCGCUAAACAAGGAGAGUCCACCCUCCUGAACCAGAUCUACACAGAGCUCCACAUCACAGAGGGAGGGGCUGCAGAGGUCAAUCAGGAACAUGAGGUCAGACAGAUUGAAGCAGCAUCCAGGACAGCAGACAGAGCAGAAACAAGCAUCAGACCAGGAGACAUCUUUAAAGCCCCACCUGGAAGAUCUGAACCAAUCAGAACAGUGCUGACAAAGGGAGUGGCUGGCAUUGGGAAAACAGUCCUGACUCAGAAGUUCACUCUGGACUGGGCUGAAGACAAAGACAACCAGGACAUCCACUUCAUAUUUCCAUUCAGCUUCAGAGAGCUGAAUGUAGUGAAGGAGAAGAAGUUCAGCUUGGUGGGACUUGUUCAUCACUUCUUCACUGAAACCAAAGAAGCAGAACUCUGCAGCUUUGAAGACUUCCAGGUGAUCUUCAUCUUUGAUGGUCUGGAUGAGUGUCGACUGCCUCUGAACUUCCAGCACACUGACUUCUUGACUGAAGUUACAGAGUCCACCUCAGUGAAUGUUCUGCUGAUAAACCUCAUCAGGGGGAAACUGCUUCCCUCUGCUCGCCUCUGGAUCACCACACGACCUGCAGCAGCCAAUCAGAUCCCUGCUGACUGUGUGGACAUGGUGACAGAGGUCCGAGGGUUCACUGACCCCCAGAAGGAGGAGUACUUCAGGAGGAGGUUCAGAGAGGAGGAGCAGGCCAGCAGGAUCAUCUCCCACAUCAAGACCUCCCGAAGCCUCCACAUCAUGUGCCACAUCCCGGUCUUCUGCUGGAUCACUGCUACAGUUCUGGAGGAGGUGUUGAAGAGCAGAGAGGGAGGAGAGCUGCCCAAGACCCUGACUCAGAUGUACAUCCACCACCUGGUGGUCCAGGCCAAAGUCAAGACGGUCAAGUAUGAUGGAGGAGCUGCCACAGAUCCACACUGGAGUCCAGAGAGCAGGGAGAUGAUAGAGUCUCUGGGAAAACUGGCUUUUGAUCAGCUGGAGGAAGGAAACCUGAUCUUCUAUCUGUCCGAUUUAAAAAAGUGUGGCAUCGAUCUCAGAGCAGCCUCAAUGUACUCAGGAAUGUUCACACAGAUCUUCAGAGAGGAGAGCGGCCUGUACCAGGACAUGGUGUUCUGCUUCAUCCAUCUGAGCCUUCAGGAGUUUCUGGCUGCUCUUCAUGUCCAUCAGACCUUCAUCAACUCUGGAAUCAACCUGCUGGAAGAGAAACAAACAACCAUUCAACAAUCUCCACAACAGCCUCAGCUCCACCAUCUCCAUCAGAGAGCUGUGGACGAGGCCUUGAAGAGUCCAAAUGGACACCUGGACUUGUUCCUCCGCUUCCUCCUGGGUCUUUCACUGGAGACCAGUCAGAGUCUUCUUCGAGGUCUGCUGACACAGACAGGAAGUAGCUCACAGUCCAAUCAGGAAACAGUCCAGUACAUCAAGGAGAAGCUGAGUGAGAGUCUGUCUGCAGAGAGAAGCAUCAAUCUGUUCCACUGUCUGAAUGAACUGAAUGAUGGUUCUCUGGUGGAGGAGAUCCAACAGUCCCUGAGUUCAGGAAGUCUCUCCACAGAUAGACUGUCUCCUGCUCAGUGGUCAGCUCUGGUCUUCAUCUUACUGUCAUCAGAAGAAGAUCUGAAGGAGUUUGACCUGAAGAAAUACUCUGCUUCAGAGGAGGCUCUUCUGAAGCUGCUGCCAGUGGUCAAAGCCUCCAACAAAGCUCUGUUGAGCUGCUGUGGUCUGUCAGAGAGAAGCUGUGGAGCUCUGUCCUCAGUUCUCAGCUCUCAGUCCUCCAGUCUGACACAUCUGGACCUGAGUAACAACCAGCUGAAGGAUUCAGGAGUGGAGAAGCUGUCUGCUCCAUUGGAGGAUCCACACUGCUCACUGGAGACUCUCAGGUUCUGACAUGAUUGUUAAAUAUUUCCCACCACUCUCUGUUCUCCUCCUCACAUCUGCAGAACAUCUGUAGAACAUCUCAGUGUAACCUUGUAACAUCUCGACAUCCAGUAUUACUGAGAAGUCAAACCACACCCACAUGGAAAAGAUAACGAUACAUUCUAUAAAGUUUAUGUCUGUUUUCUAUGGAACUCGUCAGUAAUAAUUGUGACGGUCAAACCAGACAUCAGAUCCUUUGUAAAUUUGAACAAAAUGAAAAUUGGAUAAUUUACUAACUCAGGUGAACAAUAUAUGACAGUAAAUGCACAAACACAGUCUUUAGAAAAUUUUUCUAAUAUGAAACUUAUAAGUGAGGCAACCUUAAAAACUUGAAGUCUGCAUGUUCACUGUCCUACAAAUCGCCCGACUGCAGAAUUCCUUGAACUCCUGGACUAACUGCAUCUCUCCCAGCAUGUCUCAGUACCCACUCACGCAAAAGGCCAUACACUCGAUCUUGUCAUAACCGACACUGCUCCUGCAAUCACUAAUUUGCAAGUCUGUGAUCUGGGAAUGUCGGACCAUCAGGCCAUCUCUCUGGAACUGCCCCGAGCAGGUUCUCACCU